AUGUCAGCACCUGAGGAAAAAGACUUUAGCGUGGACCGCGCUACGCGACCUGAAAAGCCCGGUACCUUGGGUAAAGAGGUCAUGAUAAAGGCCAACUUCAUAGGUGUAACAAAAUUUAGUUAUCCCGAAGUGCAUUAUUAUUCUUUUGAAAUCGUUGACCAAAAAAAAAAAAAGGCGGGUAGAAAAGAUUCGGAUAGAGUAUUUCUACAAAUGAAAGUGACCAAAAAAUUUGGGACAAACACUUAUCCAACCUUUGAUGGUGGUCAAGUAUAUUCACCAACCGAACUUGCAAUAGGUCACAGUAAACAAACAAGGAGUUAUGAUAUUACAGUUCCCGUGGAAGCUGACGGCUCAGGACGUGAAAAAACUUUUAAAGUCGAAAUAAAACAUCAAGGAACGAUCGUCCUAACUUCCAUUGGAGAUUACGUUAAGGAUAAUUCAAAAACUCCUUGGGAUGGUAGUAUUCAAAGUAAUUUGACUGUUUUGAAUGCCUUCGCAAAUAAUAAAGUUCGAUCAGAGUACUUAUCGGUGGGAAAAAAGGCCAUAUUUCCACCAUCUCGCGAUAACAGACCAAUUUAUUUACCGGGAGGCAUUGAAAUGAAACAAGGAUUCUAUCAGUCAAUAAGACCUGGAUGGGGUAGACUUGUAAUAAAUGUGGAUAUUUGUGCUACCACUUUUUAUCCAGCGGUACCUGUAAUUGAUAUUAUACCCAAAAUCGUUAAACAUCCUCGCGACAGACACGAAAAAUCAAGGGAUGAUUUACGUCGCGGUCUUGAUCGAAAAGAAAUUGAUGUUCUGAACUGGUAUCUUAAAGGCGUCAUGAUGUUUGUUACCCACAGAUCAGAUAAUCGCAAACCAAAGUAUAAAGUUUCUUAUGUCGAUCAUCAACCAGCUGAUCUAGCUAAAUUCAGGCAAGGCAAUAAAGAGACCACAGUUGCAAAAUAUUUUAGAGAAAAUUAUGGACAAUCCUUGCAAUUUCCGCGGUUACCAUGUAUUGUCGUUGUUAAACCACAAGAUAAGUCAAAAUCAUAUUUUCCUAUUGAAGUUUGUGAAAUCUAUAAACAAAUGCCUGAUGAUGCUCGAAGAGAAAUGGUUCAAAGAACCGCCGUUAAACCAUGGGAUAGAUUUGAUCGUAUCGAGGGAGCUAUUAAAGGAAUCUUUAGACACAACAACGACGAAAACUUGCGCUCGAUUGAUUUGGUUACAGAUCCCGAAUUUAUCAAGCUUAAAGCUCGCGUUCUCCCACCACCAAAACUAACGUCUAAUGGUGCGAAUAUUAACCCACAGGGGGGACGUUGGGAUUUAAGAAGAUUUACUGACUGUCCUGAUAUCUAUAAUUGGUCGGUAAUGGUGUUUGAAAACAGAAGUUAUUUCCCUCCAGAAGUAGUAAGAAAUGCAAUGAAACAACUACGUAAUUCUUUGCACGAAAAAGGCUUAAAUGUCUCAACAGAUCCUUAUAUCGAAUAUGGCAGUCCACAUGGCGAUUAUGAAAAAUCGUUAGCGCUCGCUUACCAAAAAGCUCGGAUAAAAAAAGAUAGACCACCCCAGCUUAUUAUUUGUAUAAUUCAGAAAAAAGUUUUGGGAGCAUCAGGCAUUCACGCCCAAAUAAAACGUAUUUGUGGUACAAUACUUGGUGUGGUUUCGCAAUGUAUUGUUGCAAACAACAUGAAAGGUCCUAAUCCCAAUCGCUGGAGGCAAAUCUGUGGUAAUAUUUCUCUGAAAGUUAACGGAAAAUUAGGUGGUAAAAACUGUGUUUUGGCCGAAAGAGAACUCAAUUUUGGAACAAAUAAAUCGUAUAUGGUCUUUGGUGCUGAUGUAUUCCAUCCUGGUCGUGAAGAAAAAGGACGGCCAAGUGUUGCUGCAGUUUGCGCGUCAAUGGAUAAAUCUGUUACUAGAUACGUAGGCCGAUACAGCAUGAAUAGAAAGAUAAGGAAUGAAACCAUCGAGAAUCUCGAGGGGAUGGUGGCAGACUUGAUAAAGCAAUUUCAAAGAAGAAACGAUGUACUGCCUUUCCAAAUUGUGUUCUACCGUGACGGUGUCGCUGAAGGUCAAUUUGAGCACGUUCUCCAUGAAGAAGUUAAGGCACUAAAACGCGCCUUUGAUCGAAUUUACGGUGAAAAAGACGUAAAACCACAAUUAACAUUUAUUAUUGUGCAAAAACGUCAUCACGCACGAAAAGAAGAUUCCGAUAGAAGCGGUAAUUGCCAACCUGGAACAAUUGUGGAUACUGAAAUCGUGGUACCUCAGGAGUUUGACUUUUAUUUGCAGUCUCAUGCGAGUCCUCUAGGAACAGCUCGGCCAACGCAUUAUCACGUAUUGUUAAAUGAGGCCAAAUUUCCAGUUGAUGCUAUACAAAAUUUAACUUAUAAAUUAUGUCAUUUGUCCGUCAGAUGUAAUCUGACCAUAUCUCAUGUGACUCCCGUUCAUUAUGCCCAUCACAUCGCAAAUCAAGCCAAGCAUUUCGUUAUGUGGGAUGGUGCUAGUAGCGGAAGAUCUGUGACGUUACAAAUGCCACGUGUGAGAGAAUCAAAACCGAGAUUGAGAAUAUGA